AUGUGUGGGUUGUUUUGGGAUGCAGUGACCUAUGAUGAUGUGCACAUCAGCUUCACUCAGGAAGAGUGGGCUUUGCUGAAUCCUUCCCAGAAAAGUCUCUACAAGGAUGUGAUGCUGGAGACCUACAGGAACCUCACUGCCACAGGAUACAGGUGGGAAGACCAUAAUACUGAAGAACACUGUCAACAUUCUACAAGACAUAGAAGGUAA